AUGUAUGGUUUCCGAUCUUUUUCUUGUGAUAACUUUCGUACUCCACAGGAAAGGAAUUAUACAACUCCAUACUCUAGGAAUUAUGGAACGCCAGAUUCUAUGAGCUAUGGAGCUCGAGAUAUGAGAUAUGAAGCUUCAGAAAGGAGAUAUGGAACUCCGGAUUCUAUGAGCUAUGGAGCUCGAGAUAUGAGAUAUGGAGCUUCAGAUAGAAGAUAUGGGGCUCCAAAUAUGAGAAAUGAAGCUUCAGUAACUAGAUAUAGACCUCAUGAUUCUAGGAGUGACAGUGGGGCUCCUGAUAUGAUAUAUGAAGCUUCGGAUAUUAGAUAUAGACCUCAUGAUUCUAGGAGUGAUAGUGGGGCUCCUGAUAUGAGAUAUGAAGCUUCGGAUAUUAGAUAUAGACCUCAUGAUUCUAGGAGUGACAGUGGAGCUGAUACUAGGAACUAUGUAGCUCAGAAUAUUAGAAACUAUGGAGCUCCGGACUCUAAGAGCUAUGGAGCACCAGAUUCACAAAACUAUGCUCAGGAUUCUCGGAACUAUGUAGCUUCCGAUUCGAGAACCUACUCUCAGAACUCCAGGAAUUACGGAGCUCUCCGCCAUUCUAACACUGGAUAUUUUCGACCAGUUGAAACAAGUUAUGAAAUAGAAGAAGUGAACGCACAAGAUACAGGUAUGGGCACAUUGCAGACACGAUACACUUCUACUAUUGUCUACUGUAUUAAUAAACCAGCACAAUACGCAAUAUAG